AUGGAACCAGCGGAAUUUUACACCAGUAUGCUCGUAAUUCCAAACAAAAUUGCCGCCAUCGUGGGGCUGGAUGUGUUCAGCAAGGACUACAAGACUGUUUCCGCCAAUUUGAUGGGUUUAAUCAGUAUCUACGUGCUGUUUGCCUACGUUUCGGUUUGCACUGUUGUUGAGGUUCGCCAUGACGUCAAUGAUUUGAUCUACUGCCUCGUUACGGUUGGAAUUGGACUGCAAGGAGUGAUGAAAAUUUACACGUUCUUGAGAUAUCGCAAAGAUUUGGUUUGGAUCCAAGAUUACUGCAAGGCAUUGUAUAAGGAAGAAGGUGAAACUCACAGAGCUGUGCUAUUGGACGACAUAACGAUCAUGAAUGUUUUGACCAAAAUCAUUCUUGGGUUCUACGGCUUUACGAGCGUUUUCAUGCUUUUGGCACCGAUGAUUAAAACAUAUGUAACUGGGCACAAGUACUUGACAUUUGGAUUCUGGCUGCCGUACAUUGAUCGCUUCUCAUGGUUGGGUUAUUUCUGUAACUUUGUGAUGCAAUUUAUCAUCCUGGGAGCAACGCUAGUUCUAGUUCUGUAUGCAAUAGUGACGCGUGCAUGGAUCGCAGGUUACACAUCGUGUAUUUUCAUCAUCUAUGAAUUUUUCAUAUUUUGUUACUUACCUACCUUGCUGGAAAUGAAGAAAGAGAAACUCCAACAGGAAAUCUACAACCUGCCGUGGUACAAGAUGACGACCUCGGACCAAAAGUCGCUGCGUUUGUUCCUGGAGGCAACGCAACAGCCCAACUGUCUGACAAUGAUUUUCUACCCGAUGAACAUGCCCUCGUUUAUGGAAGUUAUGAAAAUUAUCUACAGCAUUCUGACACUGUUGCUCACGAUUAGAAAUGAUUGA